AGCGCCAAAAUAAAAGAAAAAAACACAAAAGCCGAAACGCAAUUGCUGAAUAUUGAAGCAGCGCUGCCGCUGCAGCAGGAGGAAGAGACGAGAAGAGAGAUAUGCAGAUCUUUGUGAAAACCCUGACGGGGAAGACGAUCACUCUCGAGGUCGAGAGCAGCGAUACCAUCGACAAUGUCAAAGCCAAGAUUCAGGACAAGGAAGGGAUUCCUCCUGAUCAGCAGAGAUUGAUUUUUGCUGGAAAACAACUUGAAGAUGGCAGAACUCUUGCUGAUUAUAACAUCCAAAAGGAGUCAACACUUCACUUGGUUUUGAGGCUUAGAGGAGGAACUAUGAUUAAGGUGAAGACUCUCACUGGGAAGGAAAUUGAGAUUGACAUUGAGCCAACUGAUACCAUUGAUAGGAUCAAGGAGCGUGUUGAAGAGAAAGAAGGAAUUCCUCCUGUGCAGCAAAGGCUUAUCUAUGCUGGCAAGCAGCUUGCAGAUGACAAGACAGCUCGAGACUACAACAUUGAAGGAGGUUCUGUGCUUCAUCUCGUUCUUGCACUGAGAGGUGGGAGUCUUUAGGGGAAGAGGCAGUGGAGGUGGGAGUCUUUAGGGGAAGAGGCAGUGGAGGUGGGAGUCUUU